AUGCGUUACUCCACUUUGCUCCUCUCAGUCCUCGCAUUCUGCGCUAUGUACGCAAGUGCUGCUCCUGUCCCUGAAGACAGCGCUUCCACCGAAGUGGAUGCCUCAGCUCCUCAAGAGAACGACACCGACGAUGCCUUUGCCUACCAGUGGCGUAACUAG